AUGGCUACUCCAUCCACUGACACGGGCGUUAAGGCCACCGACUUUACCGAGUUCGACUAUGUGAUUGUCGGAGGUGGCACGGCCGGUCUCGCCGUCGCCUCUCGGCUCUCGGAAGAUGCCUCGGUCACCGUCGGUGUUAUCGAAGCCGGUCUGUGGCGACCCGAAGACCCCAAGAUCAACUACCCGGCCUUCAUCGGACAAUCGUUGAUGAACCCGGACUACGACUGGUGCCUCGAGACCGAGCCGCAGGAGCACUCGAACGGACGUAAGUACGCUUGGCCGCGUGGCAAGGUACUUGGCGGCAGCAGUGCCCUCAACUUCCUCGUGUGGCAGCGCGGCUACAAGGGCGAGUACGAUGACAUUGGCAAGCUCGGCAACGACGGCUGGUCGUGGGAUGACUUUGCCACCUUCUCGCGCGCAUCCGCUACGCUCGACAAGCCGUCGACUGAGCUGCAGAAGGCCAACCUGGCUACCUGCGAUGAAGAGCUUCACGGCAAGAACGGUCCGAUUCAGACGUCAUACAGCAAGUGGUACACUGAGGCGCAGAAGCCCUGGUUCGACGCACUCAAGAGCCUCGGGGUGUCCAACAUCUCGGACGGCCUGAGUGGCAGCAACAGCGGAUUCUGGGUCUCGCCCGUCACCGUCGACACCAAGAAGAGCGUGCGCUCGUACUCUGCCAGCGCCUACUUUGCGCCCAAUGCAAGCCGCAGCAACCUCAAGGUCAUCACGGGCGCACAUGCUUCCAAGAUUCUCUUUGCCGAUCAAAAGUCGUCCAGCGGCGAUCUGGUCGCUUCGGGCGUCGAGUUCGUCGUUGACGGUCAGAAGCACACGGUCAAGGCUCGCAAGGAGGUGGUGGUGAGCGGAGGAACUGUGCACAGCCCGCACCUGCUCGAGCUGUCCGGUAUCGGCAAGGCAGAGGUGCUCAAGGCGGCCGGCGUCGAGCAGCGCAUCGAGCUCGACGUGGGCGAGAACGUGCAGGACCACAUCUACUGCACCAGCUCGUACAAGCUCAAGCCUGGCUACAUUACGUGGGACAAGAUGCGCCAGGAUGACUUUGCCAAAGCGGCCAUGGAGCAGUACCAUGGCGAGGGCGAGGAUCGAGGUAUCAUUGCUUCUGCCUUCUCUGGCUUCGCCUAUGUGCCUCUGAAGCAGUUCCUCUCUGCAGAUGAGAUCGCCAAGAUCAAGGACGAUGUAGCCAAGGUCGACUGGUCCAAGUACUCCAAGGGUGUGCAGGAGACGGUCAAGAUGCAGCUCGCUCGACUCGAGGACGAGAAGUGUCCUUUCACCGAGUUCAUUUUUGCACCUGGCUUCUUUGCCACUGCUUCUCCUCCCGCAGACGGUCAGGAAUACUACAGCAUCCUCUCGUGUCUUCAGCAGCCCUUCUCUCGCGGCAACAUCCACAUCACCACCGCCGACGCUCAGGCGCCACCCAAGAUCAAUGCCAACUACUUUAGCGUCGACGCCGACCUGGAAAUUCUCUCCAAGUCGGUCAAGUACUGCGAGACCAUCACCGGCGCCUCGCCACUCAAGGAGAUCACGCUGGCUCGACAGGAUCCCAACCCGGACACGUAUAGCUCCGAUGCCGACUUUAGAGAGUUUACCAAGGACCAGUCCGUGACCGAGUACCACCCGAUCGGAAGCUGCUCCAUGAUGCCGCGCGAGAAGGGCGGUGUGGUGGAUCCCAGGUUGAAGGUGUACGGCACGGCGAACGUGAGGGUGGCGGAUGCGUCAGUGAUCCCGAUCCAUGUGUCGUCGCACAUCGUUGCGACUGUCUACGCGAUCGGAGAGAAGGCGGCCCACAUGAUCCGUCAAGAUGCUGCCUAG